CUGCGCAGGCGCGGCCCCCGAGCGUGGCUCUUCUCGCGGCUGCCGGCUGCCGGCACUCCGGAGUGCGGGCGUUUGCGGCCUGCGUGCGGCGGGCUCCAGCAGCGCACUUCUAGAGGCAGCGAGGCGCAGCGAGCUUAGUCUCUCCCCGUCCUGGGCAGCGUGGUCAUGGAGAAUCAGGUGCUGACGCCGCACGUCUACUGGGCUCAGCGACACCGCGAGCUGUAUCUGCGCGUAGAGCUGAGUGACGUGCAGAAUCCUGCCAUCAGCAUCACUGAAAAUGUGCUGCAUUUCAAAGCUCAGGGGCACGGUGCCAAAGGAGACAAUGUUUAUGAAUUUCACCUGGAGUUCUUAGACCUUGUGAAGCCAGAGCCGGUGUACAAACUGACCCAGAGACAGGUAAACAUUACGGUGCAGAAGAAGGUGAGUCAGUGGUGGGAGAGACUCACCAAGCAGGAGAAGCGCCCACUGUUUUUGGCCCCUGACUUUGAUCGUUGGCUGGACGAAUCUGAUGCGGAAAUGGAGCUCAGAGCCAAGGAAGAAGAACGCCUAAAUAAACUCAGACUUGAAAGCCAAGGCUCCCCUGAAACUCUUACAAGCUUGAAGAAAGGAUACUUGUUCAUGUAUAAUUUUGUGCAGUUUUUGGGAUUCUCCUGGAUAUUUGUCAAUAUGACUGUGCGAUUCUUUAUCCUGGGAAAAGAGUCCUUCUAUGACACAUUCCACACCAUGGCUGACAUGAUGUAUUUCUGCCAGAUGCUGUCAGCUGUGGAAACUAUCAAUGCAGCAAUUGGAGUCACUCAGUCGCCAGUGACGCCUUCUCUUAUCCAGCUUCUUGGAAGAAAUUUCAUUUUGUUUAUCAUCUUUGGCACCGUGGAAGAAAUGCAGAACAAAGCUGUGGUUUUCUUUGUGUUCUAUAUAUGGAGCACAGUUGAAAUUUUCAGGUACCCCUUCUACAUGCUUUCCUGCAUUGACAUGAAUUGGAAGGUGCUCACAUGGCUUCGUUACACGGUGUGGAUUCCCGCAUAUCCUCUGGGAUGUUUGGCAGAAGCUGUCUCAGUGAUCCAGUCCAUUCCAGUAUUUAAUGAAACAGGAAGAUUCAGCUUCACAUUGCCAUAUCCAGUGAAAAUCAAAGUUAGAUUUUCCUUUUUUCUUCAGAUUUAUCUCAUAAUAUUAUUUUUAGGGUUAUACGUAAAUAUCCGUCAUCUCUAUAAACAGCGCAGGCGGCACUUUGGACAAAAAAAGAAAAAGAUCCAUUAAAAAGAGAUUUAGAUGACUUCUUGCCAGUUUGAGCCUAAUCUAUAAUUCUUACAGUUUUACCUUCUUGUACUGAUGUAAAAGGUUUUUUAAAGUUAAAUGAUUAAAUUCUCAGUGAGGCUGCCUUCCCUUUCCCACAGUAACAUUCCUGAAUUUACCAUAUAAUCUUAGUGUAGUACUUGCAUGACAUGGACUCCUGAUACCUGAUGACAGGUUCAUUCUUGUGUAUUCUGUUAGUGACAGCAGAAGACAGCCCUCCCCUCCCCACUCCACGUCCAGUCAGUCUGUUUCACACAGGCCAGAGACACUCCUUCAGUGCCCUGACCCUACCAGCUGCUGGCCAUUCUUAAAGCUGGAAUUUGUUCUUCCCAGCUACUGCUUGUGGAAAAAAACCAGCAAGACUAUGUUGCUGUAUAGGUGGCUGUGAAGGUGACUCGGGCAGGACUUACUUUUUCUGUACCCAAGGGGCUACUUGUUAAGUGGGGUGGCAUUGAUUUUUUUGAAAAUCAAGUUUGACUCAGUCAUUGAUAAAACAUUUCUGAGUCUGAGUGGGGCUGGAGGACACAUGUUACCUCUGAAUCUUUUGGCCUCUCUAACAACAUCUUACCUGCGUGGGCACAGAGAGGCACAGAGUGAUUUGAGAGAAACCAGUCAGAACCCCGGAACACCAUGAUCACUUACUUCAUUCCUAGCUAAAUCAGAACUAUUUUCAAUAGUAAAGAAAGAUGAAAGAGUUUGAAAACAAUGAGAUUAUAAGAGUUCCAAAGCCAAAUGGCAUUACAGGGAUCAGAAGGGUCAAACUAGCAGUAAGACAGCUGCUGGCUGUGCAGCCUGUGGCAGACUGGAAACACCAGAGUAAAGCCAGACCAAAGCCCUACAACACUGUCGUGGGCUGUGCACAAAACAUAAAGAAAACUGUCUCCCUUCCCCUGCACUGACUGAGUUCAUUUGCUUGUGUACCUGGCAGAGUGAGUUGGUGGGAUUGUUGUUUUUGAAUAGGCCUCAGAAACACCUGCUUUUAUUCUGCUGUUCCGCCUGUCUGCAGUAGGACAGUGCCAACAGUGGGAACUUUGGCUGGAGAACCACCAGCUGGGCCUUUAAAAAGAUUCUUGGCAGGAAACCCACCAACAGAGGAACUGAAAAAAAGCUAGACAUGAUUUGACCAUUGUCAGAAAUGUCAGUUUCCCCUAAUACUUUCCAAGUAAACCACGUAAAUAAGUGUUAGAAGUAAUGUCUGUAUGUAAGAAUUUAAGCUCUUUCUGUUCUGCCAUUCCCAUCGUUCCUCGGGGAAAGGGGCACUCAGUGGGUUAUGCUGUUACUCUGAGCCCAGGUUUGACCUAAAAACAUCUGAUUAGUAUAGGCUGGUUGGUUGUUUUUUUUUUUUUUUACAAGUUCACUGCACUGCAGGUUAUUGUGCAUGUCUGCAACUUCUGUCAACAUUUGUUUGUGUUUAUUAAUUUCUGAUGUUCUUUCAACUGACUUUGUAUGUGUAACUGGGCAGAUCAGCUUUACAGCAGAUUAUGCUGUAUCUGUGUGGCAGAAUCUUGUAUUCUUAGUGAUUGUUAUAAACCCCUUUAUUGCUGUCUGAGAAAGCAAAAGAUGUGUAUUUCUAUUAAACAUUUACAAUCAAAAUCCUA